AUGUUUAACGAAAUAGAUAGAGACUUUGAUGAUGUGGCCAUUAGUACUUUUAAGGCCAGCCUCCUAGCCGAGCAUGAUUUGAGGAAAUCUCUGACUGGUAAGCCUGUUAUCAGUGUGCCCCAACUUAUGGAUCGGAUUGACAAGUACAAAAGGGUUGAAGAAGACCAAUUGCAGGGGAAAGGAAAGGCUAAGCCAGGAUCUGCCAACACCCAGGUGGUUAAUGCUGUGUUCCAAGAACCAGUACAACAGGUUCUGGAGAAGGUUAAAAACAAGCCGUUCUUUAAAUGGCCGAACAAGAUGGUAGGAGAUCCUAUGAGACGUAAUCAAAGCCUUUAUUGCCAAUAUCAUCAGGACCAUGGACACACUACCGAGGAUUGUAGAAACUUGUGGGACCAUUUAGACCAACUGGUUCGGAAAGGGAAAUUAAAGCAACUCUUGCAUCAUUCUAGUGGCCGGGGGAGUCAAAUGAGUUCAGAGUUUCGAGGAGAUGCUUCUUCGAGACUCCCUCUAGGCAUGAUAAAUAUCAUAUUUGUUGCCCCAGGGAGGACCGAAUCUUACCCCUCCAGGAUAAUGUCAAUAUCUCGGUACCCAGUUGAGGAAUCCAGUUCAAUGCCGAAGAGAGUCAAGAUGGGCAUCCCACUGCCUCACGAUGAUGCUUUGGUGGUUACACUUAGAAUUGGUGGGUACGAUGUGAAAAGGGUGAUGAUCGACCAGGACAGCAGAGCUGAGAUUAUGUAUCUUGACCUAUAUAAGGGGUUAAAUUUAAAACCUGAGAAUUUAACAGCCUACAGUUUUCCUCUGGUGAGUUUUGAAGGUAAAAUGGUCAUUUCGAAGGGUCAAAUCAGACUAUCCAUACAGACUGGCUCGGAUGUGGUGGAGGUGGACUUCAUUGUGGUAGAUGCUUUCUCUCUAUAUACGGCCAUUAUGGGCAGACCUUGGUUUCAUACCCUGGGAGCUGUUUCCUCCACUUUUCACCAGAAUGUGAAAUAUCCCUCUAGAGGCCAGGUUUUGGAAAUAUUAGAAAGUCAGUCUACAGCUAGGCAAUGUCUGGUAGCGGCCAUCCAACAUCAGCCUGAGGUUGAAAUCUCAGCCACUGCUUAG